AUGAACAGAUCGAGGACAAAUAAGGAUAUUUUAGACAAAUUCCUGCAAAAAUCCAAAAGGAGAGAAGUCGCAACUGCGGAAAAAGAAGAAGUGAGUAAUUAUAGCUAUGCGAUAGUCAGAAAUAUUCCACAAAAGCUCCAUUCGAAAGAUUUACGAAAUUAUUUUAAACGAUUUAUUGAAGCUGGCAGAUUUGAAUGCUUCCAUUAUCGUCAUCGGCCGGAACUUCAGUCUGAAGCGGAAGGAAAAGAAGUAACCAAAAGCAACACGUGCUGCUGUAUAGUCGCGUUGAAGUCAGAAAAGGAUCGCGAGGAAUUCAUCCAAGAGUUUCAUAAAAGGAACUGGCAAAAUUCGGCAGGUUCGGAUGUUCCUCGAAGAUGCUUCGUGGAUCGAUUAAAAGUUCAAGGGCCUAAUGGAGAAGGUUCCUCAGGGUCUAUUUCAAUUGCUGAUCUGAAGGAAAUGAUCGAACUGAAGCCGCCAGCAGUGAUGCCAAAUGGAAAUAUUGGAACACCGAGCCAAUACUUUUUGGAGCAAAUUCGAAUGUGCCGUUUACCAGCUUCUGUUAUCGCGAAACUCGGAAUUCAAACUCAGAAAAAGAAGAAGAAGUUUGGGGAAGUACCGUUUGAGUAUGGAACAACUACACCAUCGUCUAGUUUGAAAGAGUACUACAAAACUAUUGAAGAUGUUGCUGAUGAAGAGGAAGACCCCACUGAAAAAGUGAGAAGAGUUCAGAAUCCAGAGGAUAAUGAUGAGGGGAAGGAUGAUGAUGAUGACCAAUGUGAAGAGUGGGAACGUCACGAGGCGUUACAUGAAGACGUCACAGAACAGGAUAGGACGAAACCAAAGAAAUAUGAAGAGGAAAUGGAGGUGACAUGGGAGAAGGGAGGUCCUGGACUCGUAUGGUACACCGAUAAAAAUUACUGGGAUGAAACGGAAAAAGGUACCGAUUGCGAUUGGGCUUGGGCUGACGAUUGGGACGUAGACUAUUCGGUUUACUACGAAGGAAAAUCAGCAGGUGAUAUGGAUGCGAGGGCGGCGAUUGAGAUGAAAAACGACGAACUUUUGAGGCAUGUGAAUUCCCAUCGUCAGUCUGGGAAACUCGAGCAGUCGGUAUUCACGAGGAAGAAAACGACACAGCCUCAAAUGGGAAAGAGAAGAAAAAGAAGGAAUAGUGAUGGCGGGGGUCCUGUAGAGAAGGCUGCGGAGAAUCUUCGAAAUGGUGUUGGAGGAACGAUGCUCACAAAAAUGGGCUGGAAACCAGGAUGUGGUCUCGGCAAAAGGGAGCAGGGAAAAGUGGUUCCCGUAGCCGUUUAUGUAGAAGAGGACGGUCAGAGCACCAGGGAGAAGGCAGGAAUUGGUUAUCUAGGAGAGAAGAUUUCCAGGGUUGUUCAGAAGCAACCAGUUCGCCAUAUUAUAGCUUCUGUUUUUGAUAAAGCUAUCGACCCAGUUCACGAGGAACACAAAGAGAGUGGAGAUACCACGGCGAGCGAAAUCCUUUUCCGAAGAUCAAAAGACACUAAAAUGAAGUACCGACAUCACCUGUAA